AAUACCGCCACCUUCUUCUUCAAAAAAACACAAAAACUUUUAUUCUUUCUUGCGAUGGAACACCGAUUCAAAACCCGAAUAUCUCGCAUGUUUCGCGGCUCGUUCGGUUCGUGCCGGACCGGAAACCUAUCGGAAAUGGUCGAAAAACCAGUCUUCAUCCCUCAAAACAGUCACUACAAUGAGUACUUCCAUUUAAUGGAACCGUUAACUCGACCAUUUCCUUCGAUUUGCAAACCAAACUGCCCUGAAAUAACCACCAGAGCCAUUUCUAAUUCUAUUUUUCCGAGACAGAAAAUCUCCGGCGCCGGCCGGUAUCCUCCUUUUGUAUCGGCUGGUGGACACUCGUGUCCUCCUGUUUCUCCGGUGUCUCCUUUCUUGAACCCUUUCUACAAAAAACCUAAGAAGAACAAGAAAAAGAAAAAAACCAGUAGCUCCCAGUUCAAGAAUGGUAAAAAUAAUCGUAGAGAUUGGAGUUUGUUCAGCUCUUCUUCUCAGGAUAGUGCUUAUUUUGAAGAUAAAUACUACUGGUUCAGCAGUGAAGAAGAAGAAGAUGAAGAAUCUGAUACUCUUUUCUCUUCUAGAAGCCUAUCUUCCGACUCAUCAUCUCACCACCACCACCACAGCCGCCGUCACCGCCGUAACAAGGAGAGUUCCUCUCGCCGGAGAAGAGCUUCCACGGCUGUUAAUAAGGGUAUUUUGCCUUUGCAUGGGAAAGUGAAGGACAGUUUUGCGGUAGUGAAGAGCUCUAGUGAUCCGUACAAUGAUUUCAGAACAUCAAUGGUGGAGAUGAUCGUUGAAAAACAAAUAUUUACAGCGAAGGAUCUUGAGCAGCUUUUACAGUGUUUCUUGUCUUUGAACUCUGAUAAUCAUCAUAAUAUUAUUCUUGAAGUUUUCACUGAAAUAUGGGAGGCUUUGUUCUCUAACUGGUCUUGAAAUAAUGUUCAAAAAAUUUGUAUUAUGUAAUUUUCUAUUAUGCUGUAGUUUAGUCUUCUAAUUAAUUAAAAGAUCUUAAUUAA